AUGAAAAAAUGCGAUUACUACUGUACAUUAUUUCUCAUCUUCCUCGAUUAUGUUAUUUCACAAAAUCCCAGCACUGGAAAUGAACUGGAUUUCGACGAUCAAAAAGUUGUAACACUGGGACCGCCACGCGAUGGUUUCCAGAGAGCAGUUUUUGAUGAAGUGUCAAUGAACGAAAUUAAUCGACAACCUGGUCAGUUGAAAACAUCGUUAUAUGUGGACACUUGUAAAUUUGACCAUUUGCUGAAUUUUGACACCGAUAUGAAAGGAAAGUAG